CUCAGCUCGUAAAAAAGUGUUAGAAAAGUAAUCAAGAUGUUAGUUCUGCCAAUAUUAUUUCUUGCAAUGGUUUCUUUAAAUGGUGCAUAUUCUCUUAAAUGCUAUACUUGCAAGGGAGACAAAGAAUGCGAAUCUCCAUCUGAAGAAACUUGUUCAGACGAUGAGGUUUACUGUGUAGCUCUUAAUAUUCCUCAAGGUAAAAACAAAUCUUUUUUUAUUACUUCAAUGGGCUGUGCAGAUGAAACUAUUGGCGGUGUAAUUUGUCAGGAUCUUGAAGAUAACAAUACAGGAACCUGUUACACUUGCCAAGAGGAUUCAUGCAAUGAAAAACUCCCUGAAUAGGACUAACGCACAGUAAAAUGUAAAAAACUACUGAUAAAUUCUUCUAUUCUCAAGAUUUAGUUGGUUUGUGUUAACUGAUAGGAAAUAUAUAUUUUGUCUCACAGUCACUUCUUUACACUUUUUGUCUUUAGCAAAAAGUGACAGAAGCCAAAAUUAUCUCCUUACUAAAUCUAUAAGUAAACCAAAUGAGUUUUCAAAACUGUAGAAUUUUUCGGUACAUUUAUCACAUAUUAAAUUUAAUUUUUGGGGGUAUCAGAAUUAAAAAUACUUGAAGAAUA